CAGCCAGUAAACAAUCGACAGUCGGCAGUUGAGGUUUUCUCCUUUUCGACGUGCUCGGCGAAGGACAUCUCAGGGCCGCACCACACACCACACCGACAGCGUGACCGUCUUCAACUUGCCUCGGAGCAAUUCCUUUGUAUCGGAUCUACACCUAAAGUCCGUCUUAGACCCUGGUUGCAGGGAACUGGAUGGGUUGAACGCAGAGAUUUUUCGUUGCCUGCUGUAAGGGGCAUGCAGAGUUCAAGAUGGUGUCAGAGUUUGUGGAUGGCUGGACCAUUGCCCAAACGUUGGGUGAAGGAGCUUACGGAGAAGUCAAGCUUCUGUUGAACAAUUCUACUGGAGAGGCUGUGGCAAUGAAAAUCAUAGAUUUAAAAAAGCAUCCAGAUGCUCGGUCUAAUGUAAAAAAGGAAGUUGCCAUUCACAGGCUAGUUUCGAAUCCAAAUAUCAUCCAAUUCUUUGGACAACGCCGCGAAGGGGACAUAGAGUAUCUCUUCCUGGAGUAUGCUGCUGGUGGUGAACUGUUUGACAGAAUUGAACCUGAUGUUGGCAUGUCACAGUGGGAAGCCCAGAAAUAUUUCAUUGAAUUAAUAUCAGGAGUUGAAUACCUUCACAGUCAUGGAGUUGCUCAUAGAGAUUUGAAACCUGAAAAUUUACUCUUAGACGAACAUCUCACCCUGAAAAUUUCCGAUUUUGGAAUGGCAACCAUAUUUAGAAUGGGUGGAAAGGAGCGCUGUCUAGAAAAGCGGUGUGGAACCCUUCCUUAUGUCGCACCUGAGGUGCUUGUGCGUGCAUAUCAUGCGGAGCCUGCAGAUAUUUGGUCAUGCGGAGUUAUCUUGGUAGCCAUGCUUGCUGGUGAAUUGCCUUGGGAUCAGCCUACUGUGGAUUGUCCAGAGUAUCUUGCCUGGAAGGAUGGAAAGAGUAUGGUCACCCCCUGGUCCAAACUGGAUAAUAUGAUUCUCUCUUUGGUACGCAAAAUCUUAGUUCCCCUACCGUCUGGAAGAUACACCAUUCAGCGCAUCAAGAAUCACCGUUGGUUCCAGAAACGACUGCAAAAGUCUCUCGUGUCUACAAAUGACAGUUGCCGAAGUGGAACACCCAAGCGCCUGUGUUCUGGGAGUGAUCUUUCACCUCCAUUUGGCACAGAAGACACGAGGUUAUGUCAGUCUCAACCUGAUCCUCACUUUGGUAAUGGUAAUGCAUUGCCUAGUGAGCAUCCAGUAACAGAUUUAGAUGUGGAGAGACCAGGCUUCUCUUUCUCCCAACCUGCCCAAAUUGAUGAUUUGUUACUUUCCUCACAACUCAACCCAACCCAGCACACUCAAAGUAGUUCUGGUAGUCAGAAUGUGUUCCAGAGGUUAGUUCGGCGAAUGACCCGCUUCUUUGUACUUCCUAAUUUAGAGGAAUCUGAAAAACUCUUGUGUUGUGUCCUUGAAAAACUUGGAGCAUCAUGGAAAGUGCACACACCAGGAAUUCUUACCAUCACUACUGUUGAUCGGCGCAAGAUGCAACUUAUUUUCAAAUCCAGUAUUAUUGACAUGGAUGGCAAGACAUUAUUAGACUUCAGGCUGUCCAAAGGUUGUGGAUUGGAGUUCAAGAAGAUUUUCUUGAAGAUCCGAUCUGCUCUGGGAGAUUCGGUUUUAAAGGGACCAGUCUUGUGGCCAAUAGCAAUAGCUACAAAUAGUGUACCAUGAAGUAAAUUGUGGAAAUUUAUUUUUUAUAAUGAAUCAAAAUAGAAAUUUCAAAAUUCAACUUCAUAUUGUAAACUGUGAUUUUUAGUCUCUUGUAUUGUAAACGCUGGAAUUAUAUGUAAAGUUGAUCAUCAGACCUUUGAUUACUUUAUACUAAAGUUUGUUUGUUUUAUGAUCAGUGUGUACCUGAAACAACUUUUUAUACUGAGUGAUCAAACAUUUUUGAUGUUUUAUUUUAAGAAAAUUUUAGACUUUAUUUGCUUUGUCUGUGAUCUAGGCGUCAACGCUUAGAUUUAACUGUUAAGUGCAUCACUCGUCGUGAUUAAUGACUGUAAUGUUUGUAACCUAAUUUAAAAUGAACUGCUAGCCUCUUUUGUAUUUUUGCACUAAAAUAAACUGAUUUUUAUGUA